UUGUGAUCUGUGCCUUCUAUUGUUCAGGCAUGUUGACGCGCGUAACUUAACCUUCGCCGUUGACGUGCUAAACAAAAACACAGCUGAUUUGUCAGAUUCGAUAAUCCAAUCUGUUUAUUUUUCGCGGUUGCCUUCUUAUUGCUACUGGUAUCAGCGCUGCACGUUGCAUCAUGGAGACAAAACAUUUCCGUGUUUGAACUUAGAUGCCAUUGUAGUCCAUCGCUUUAAACUGGUGAAUCAUCUCCGGAAAGGAACAAAAGAUUUUUUGGGAGGCGUAUCGUUUAAGAACUUUAACCCGAUUUUAGUGCGGACAAUGUACGAUCCUAGGAUAGACGCAAUCGACCAAAUCGAAGAAUCCGAGAGUGACGACGAUAACAUCGACGAAGACGAGGAUGAAACAACGAAAAUCUUACCUCCAACAGUCGAAGAUAGCAGACAGUGCCUCAAAUCCAGGCACAUAUUGGGAAUACUGGGGUUCCUGGGGUUCGCGAAUGUAUACGCGAUGAGGGUGAAUCUGUCGGUAGCCAUCGUGGCUAUGGUAAACAACACCGCGUUCCCGCCUCCCCCUGCUAGCAACAACAGUUACGACCACUGUCCGGUGAACAACAGCGCAACUAACGCGACAACCCCAACGAGCGGUACCUUCGCAUGGGACGAACAAACCCAGGGACUCGUCCUGGGCUCGUUUUUCUACGGCUACGUUCUCACCCAAAUACCGGGCGGCCGCUUGGCGGAAUUGUUUGGUGGCAAAUUGGUCUACGGAGUUGGGGUACUCAUAACGGCCGUGUUUACGCUGCUGAGUCCUGUCGCUGCCCGCACCAGUUUCCCGUUGUUUAUUUUGGUGCGGGUCUUGGAAGGAAUGGGAGAGGGGGUGACGUUUCCCUCGAUGCACGCCAUGCUCGCGAAAUGGGUGCCUCCGCUGGAAAGGAGCAAAUUCGGUGCUUACGUCUACGCGGGCGCCAACUUUGGCACCAUCAUUUCCCUGCCCCUUUCCGGUUGGCUCUGCACGUUAGAGCUGGACGGGGGAUGGCCGCUCGCGUUUUACCUCUUCGGCGCCCUGGGCAUCGUCUGGUUCGUGUUCUGGAUGUGUCUCGUCUACGAUACGCCCGUCUCCCAUCCGAGAAUCGACCGCCAAGAGCAAGCAUAUAUUUUGGCGAGCAUCGGACCUCAAGACGACGACAAAUCAUCCGUCCCGUGGCUCAAAAUGGCCACUUGCCUGCCGCUUUGGGCCAUUUUGGUCACCCAGUGCGGCAACUCGUGGGCAUUCUACACCCAGCUCACCGAGUUGCCCACCUACAUGGCUCAAAUACUCCACUUCAACAUACAAGCGAACGCGAUCCUAUCGGCCAUCCCGUAUUUGACCAGCUGGUGGGCGGGUAUCGCGUUCAGCAUGGUCGCCGAUUGGCUGCUGACCAAAGGCUACGUCUCACUUUCUAUGUCGUACAAAUUGUGGAAUUCGAUCGCGUCCGUGAUCCCCUCCCUGGGUCUGCUGGGCGUGGCUUACGUCGGCUGCGACAAGUUGGCCGUGCAGCUAUUGCUCGCCAUAACCGGCGCUUUCGGCGGCGCCACCUACGCCGGCAAUCAGAUGAACCACAUCGCACUGAGUCCCAAGUACGCUGGCACCAUGUACGGUAUAACUAACGCCGCCUCCAAUAUGUGCGGUUUUAUCGCACCCUACGUCAUAGGGCUCAUAAUUGAAGGCCGGGAAACUUUGGGCCAAUGGCGGAUGGUGUUUUACCUGGCCGCCGGUAUCAACAUGGGCGCGAACCUGUUCUACGUGGCAUUCGCUAGCGCUAAGGAGGUAUCCUGGUCGAGAUCGCAGAGGGUCAGCUCGGUUAACUGACAGGCGCUCUACCUCGCCAUGCUGGUGGACGCGUAACGGACUUUGGUCUAAUCCAGUGGCGGCGAGCG